AUGAAUUUGUUACCUAGUCCAACAUAUCAUUAUAUUUCACCGUUGGCCAGAUCAAGAUCUGAAGCACGUGGAGCUAGAUCAGUACGACGAUCAUAUUCAUUCUCUCAUGGAUCAGGCGCAUCAUCUUUUGGAAGUGGCGCACUUACCAUGCCACAAUACGGUUACGGUGGCGGAUACAUGUCUAAAUCAUUGUCACGAAGUUCUUCUUCAUUAUUUGGGCGCUCAUUGUAUAGCUCAGUGUUAACACGGACACCACCUCUUCAUAGUGUGGGUUUACAGCGUAGUACACCUCAUUAUACUGAUAAAUAUCCUUAUGUAAGAUAUUCAUAUGGAAGUACUGAUACUGGUCUUGGCAUUCUUACACAGACUGAAUCGAUAGCAACUAGGGAUUAUAGUAUGCGUGAUCUAAGAACGAAACGAUGGUUGGAAGGACGAUCAAAUGCUUAUAAUAUGGGACUUUCAACAGUGCCUAAAUACACUUCACAAAUUGAGCGUCCAAUUACUCCUGUACGAAAUUAUGUACGAUAUAUGCCUAUAGAAGAUGCGCUAAAUAUGUACAAAAAACGAUGUAUGACCGUUGGCACGUUAUCCAAGUACUGGUUGUCACCAACGUGGCAGUCACGUAAAGAAAAAGAAUUGAACCUCAGUUCGGCAUCUGCUAGAGGUGACUAUUUGUACGCUUCACGAUAUUCCUCCAACCAUCCUACUUACUCUCGUGUUGCCAACCGUCUUUAUACGAAUUACUAA